AUGACGGGGUUCCGUCUCCCGGUAGUUGGGCACCAGUACUGUGUCCUUUGUCCGGUGUGUAGCAACACUGUUUCGUUUAGUUGUCAGAGUGCCAAUAUUUACGGUGUGAAAUGUUAUUUGUGCCAUACACACAUUAAUCUGCAGAACCCCUCGGAGCCACUAACCCCAGAUGACCCCGGUGUCCUUCCCAAGCACAGUUUUGAUGAUAGCGUUAGCAGCAGGGGAGUGCGUUAUUCUAUGGAGGUGAGGGAAUCAAGUGGUGGCUCGGCAAGCGCCCAAGUCGCCAUGCUGAUAAGCAAAAUGACCAAGGAGCAAAGACAUAUCAUGUCAAAAGGUCCGUACAGCGAAGUACAAGAGGUCUUCUCGGCUCGCCGUAUCCAAGCGAUAUCAGAUAAAAUAUGGUUUCUGCACCCUCUGGUUUACUGUGUUGAAUAUCUUUUCUUUGGUGAUAAACCGGUAGCGGAGGUAGGCAAUGUCCGUCUUUUUCGUCGCGAGUUUCCCGUUGUGGGCCAUUUUUACAUACCUGUGGUUAAAACUUCCACCUCUUCUGCCGUUCCACUCACCAUUAUUAUCGUGUUUACAGGCGUCCUCACAUACAUUACACACGUUGUGGGCGAACCGCACUUGUGGCACAAUAUGAAGCUUAUCUUUAUGCUGUUUUUGCCCCUUUGUGGAUCACUGUGGGCAACAGUGUACAGCGACCCUGGGUACGCGCGACCAACCUUCCCGUCCGUUCCCUCCCUAGCAGCUGAUGGUCCAUCGCCGUGGGAAGUGGAGGGCGGGGUGCAGCAGGAGCGUGAGAGUUCCUGGGAAGAUGUAAAUGGACAAAGCGUGGAACGGCGUUGGUGCAGUGCCUGCGGGAUUCAUCGCCCACUUCGUGCAGCGCAUUGCUAUUUCUGCGGAAUGUGCGUUAAUGAGCAGGAUCACCAUUGUGGUGUUAUUGGCGUGUGUGUUGGCCGUCGAAACAUCGGUAUGUUCCUUUUGUUUGUCCUUAUUUGCAUCGCCGCUAUGGUACUUACGGUCACAACUGCGGCGCUGGUGCUUCGCAGUUGUGUCUCGCAAAACAUGGGUGGGAUGGAUGCCGCUGCCGCCGAUAGUAAGGGUAGGGGAUGCAAAGCGAUGACACCUCUUCUCUAUGCACUUUUAGUUACAACACUGGUUGUGGCUGUUUUCCUUCUUCUUGGGACACUGCCUUUGUUUGUUUCUGUGAUAGCUGGUGUUUUAACAGCAACAACAACAAGGGAGCGUCUGAAACACAUAUACCCUAGUGGCCGGAGUCCGUUUGACAGGGGUAUUCUGCGCAACGCGUGGGACUUCAUAACACGAGGAAAGCCCGCCUCUAUUAUUGAUGACAGGUUCGUUUCUCAGUGCCUAAUGCAAGCGGAGAAGGCAGAUGAUUUCAUACUGUAA